AUGCAUGGCUGAUUAUUCAUAACAUAACAAGAAAACAGAACCACCCUUCAUUACCUUUAGCAGUAUAUCUCAACCCAAAGAUGGCGAAGGUCUACUUUCUACUAGUAGCCCUUUUUCUUGUCUAUGGCAACCUUUGCUCAGGAAAAUCAGUGAUCGAAGAUACAAAUGGUCCCCCAGGAACUGAAGACGCUUCGCCUAUUGACCAAUUCUCAAAGAAGUCAAGUGAUCUUUUAUCAGAUCUGACUCAAGAAAUCCAAGACCCUCCAGGAACAGCAAACGAUGGGGCUGAAGAAAACGCUUCACUAGACCCUGAUGGGAAAGACGAGGUUGACACGUACAAACGGGAGGAAGAUGCAGAUCUAUUCGAAGGAGAUAUUGCAAUGGAUGAUCACGUGAGAAAGUUGGUGUCCGGACAGGUUUCAGACUCCGUUGUAGGGAAGUUGUGGCCAAGAAAAACCGUUUAUUAUGUUCUGGACAGAAAUCUAGGCAAUCUUGCAGUCCAGGCCAUCAAAGCAGCUAUUGCCCACAUCUCACGUGAGACGUGCAUCAGGUUCAUAAAUAAAAAAUCCGUCACCGGAUACGUCAGAUUUUUCGUUGGCAAUGGGUGUUACUCGUACGUCGGUCACCAAAGGAGAGAGCAAGACAUCUCCAUAGGAAGGGGGUGUGAGACGAUGGGGAUAGUCGCGCAUGAGAUCUUGCACGCCCUCGGCUUUUGGCACGAACAAAGUAGAAAGGACCGCGACCAGUACGUCACUAUUAACUGGAACAACAUCAGGGCAGGGAAGGCACACAACUUCAACAAGCACUUGAACUCCCAUACCCUCGGAGCUCCGUAUGAUUACAACUCCUUGAUGCAUUAUGGCCGCAGAUCCUUUUCCAAAAAUGGGCGGGACACAAUCACGCCUAAGAAAAGCGGAGCAGCUAUUGGUCAACGGGAUGGACUGAGCAGGGUCGACAUCUGGCAAGUCAGAAAGAGAUAUUCGUGCCCAGGGCCUCUCCCUACAGUUACACCUUUACCCAAUGUUAAAGUACGCCUCGUUGGUGGGAGGACGCCUUAUGAGGGGCGAGUGGAGGUGUUCUGGGGGGUUUGGGGAAGCGUAUGUGAUGACCACUUUGAUAUCAACGACGCACAUGUUGUAUGUAAACAACUCGGCUAUAAGGCUGGAGCUCAGGCUGAUUUCUGCUGCAGCAAGUUUGGAGCAGGCCGCGGUCCUAUUCAUCUAGAUGAUGUUCAGUGUAAAGGUGGAGAGAAAUCCAUAGCUCAGUGCAAACACAGAGGUUGGGGCUCACACAACUGCCGUAGGAAUGAACACGCCGGAGUGAGGUGCAUCCCAAAUUCUAACAUCAAAGUUCGUCUAGUUGGUGGCAUGCUAAGUAACAUGGGGCGCGUGGAGAUCUUUCACAACAACAAAUGGGGGACCGUGUGCGACGACAAUUGGGACAUAAAGGAUGGCCAUGUCGUUUGUCGCAUGCUUGGAUACAAGCGAGCCGAGAAGGCCUUACCACGAGCGGCGUGUGGGAGGGGAUCGGGCCAAAUCUGGUUGGAUAAUGUCCAAUGCUCCGGACGGGAAUCGUCAAUCGACUAUUGCGCCCAUAAGCCUUGGGGUAAACACAACUGCGGCCAUCACGAGGAUGCUGGUGUAGUGUGUGAGCCUAGGAAUCCAGUGCGCGUCCGUUUAGCUGGAAGUCGUGUUCGUGGCAGCGGCCGCGUGGAGGUGCUUUAUAAUGGGGUCUGGGGAACAGUGUGUGAUGACUUUUGGGACAUCCGAGAUGCGAAAGUGGUAUGUCGUAUGUUGGGUUACUCCCGCGCGGUCAAGGCCACUCAUAGCGCAUCCUUCGGUCAGGGGAGCGGACGUAUACUACUUGACAACGUGAUGUGCAGAGGGACUGAAAAGACAAUUGCCGACUGCACACACAGCCCGUGGGGCAAGCACAACUGCAGACACUCCGAGGAUGCUGGCGUGAUCUGCAAGGCGUAAGAGGUCAAAGGAUAAUCUUCACUGCAUCAACGACUGGAAAGAACUUGCAUAAAACAUUAUAGCACUUGUCUUGUUAUAGUCAACUUGUUAGUAUAGUGAACUUGUAAAAAUAUUCAUCUGUUUGUAUAGUCAACUAGUAAAACAUCCAAAUCGUUAGUAUAGUCAACUUGUUAGUAUAGUCAACUCGAUAAACAUUCAACGCGUUAGUAUAAUCAACCCGUAAAACAUUCAAAUCGUUAGCAUAGUCAACUCGUAAAACAUUAAAAUCGUUAGCAUAGUCAACUCGUAAAACAUUAAAAUCGUUAGCAUAGGCAACUCGUAAAACAUUCAAAUCGUUAGCAUAGUCAACUCGUUAAACAUUCAAAUCGUUAGCAUAGUCAACUCGUAAAACAUUCAAAUCGUUAGCACAAAGAACUGUUUUUUUAAUUAUAUUUGUUUCAAGCAUUGAAUAAAUAGACUUAAAUAGCUUAGAUGAAAAAAGAAUUGUAAGGUUUGCUUUUCAUAAAUAAACUUAUUUUUGUCUCAA